CAUCGAUGCCUCCCUCCUCCCUCGAGCCCUCCCUUUCUUUACUCGCGUCCCUUUCGCUCCACUCGCUCGUUGCGCAUCCCCCUCCCGCCAACCCGCUGGUUGUGCUUCGCCCUCCUCCCCCUUCACCAUGUCUGCCGACACCCUAGCCCUCUCUGAGCUUCAGCUCCACUCCAUCAACCUUGAUGAGAAGUUCCAGAAUGUUGUUGUCAUCUACAACACCCCGGUCGUGACCCAGGAGAAGUAUGACCGCCUGAUGCAGAUCAUCACCCUGAAGGUCCUCAGCAACAUCGACUACAUCAAGGGCACCCUGGAGAUGCCCAAGACCUAUGUCGAUGGCAGCACCGAGGAGUUCACCACCAAGGGCUUCUGCUUCGUGGCCUUCGACAACGCCGACAAGGCGGCCGACGCCGUGAAGAAGCUCGAUGGCACCGCCUUCUCGGCCACCAUCACCUUCUCGGCCAUCCUCAUGAGCGACGUGCCCAAGUACGCCAACCUGCCGGACGAGUUUGUUCCGCCCGAGAUCUACCCCCUGAUCCCGAACGAGGAGAAGCGCAGCUGGCUGCUCGACUCCCGCCACCGCGACCAGUACGCCGUGCACUUCGACGAGAUCAACUCCAUCCGCGUCUGCUGGGCCGGCGAGGAGCCGGAGCAGUGCGCCUUCCGUAACAACUGGGUCGACAGUGAGUUCAAGUGGUCCUCCAAGGGUACCUACCUUGGCACCGGUCACUCUCAGGGUGUGGCCCUGUGGUGUGGCAGCAACUGGACUCGUUUCCGCUACGCCCACCCGAAGAUUUAUGGCUUCGAGUUCUCGCCCAACGACAACUACCUGGUCACCUAUUCCUUCGAGUCGAUCAUCAUCUGGGAGUGCUCCACCGGCGAGGCCCUGCGCACCUUCACCCCCUCGGCCACCGGGUCGACCAAUGUCCUGCGCUUCUCGCACGAUGACCGCUACGUUGCCCGGGCCACCAGCGCCGGCCUGCAGAUCUACGAGAUCGCCAACAACGAGAUCACCCUCCUCAACAAGAAGAUCUACACGGUCGACCGCCUGGCCGACUUUGCCUGGUCGCCCACCGAUAACAUGCUGGCCUACUGGGUGCCGGAGUCCGGCAACAGCCCGGCCUGCGUGAGCCUGCUGAAUGUCCCCCGGCUGACUGUGGCCCGUACCAAGAGCCUGUUCAAUGUGUCGCACUGUGUGCUGGUUUGGCACCCGGAUGGUGACUUCCUGGCCGUGCGCAUCGACCGUUCCGGCAAGGUUGCCCUCAAGAUCGCCGCCAACAUCGAGGUCUUCUUCAUUCGCGAGCGUCAGAUCCCGGUCGAGUCGCUGGAGAUCCCGGACAAUGUGGUCAACUUCGCCUGGGAGCCCAAGGGGUCGCGCUUUGUCCUGGUCCGCGGUGUGGCCACCUACACCAUCGACAUUUACAAUGUCGAUGCCAAGGCUCGGACCUCCAUUCAGAAGCUCAAGUCCCUGGAGCGCAAGUCCCACCGGUCCAUCUCCUGGUCCCCGCGCGGGCAGUUUGUGGUGUUCGGCUCGCUGCGCAUCAUGCCGACCGAGAGUGCCCCGGGCACUUUCGAGAUUUGGAACACCCACGAUCUGGAGCUGGUGCACAACUCCUCCCACGACCAGGCCUCGCACCUUCUGUGGGACCCCAGCGGCCGGUACUUCGCUUCGGUGGUGUCCAUCCGCGAUGGCAGCAACUCCGAGAACGGCUUCCGCAUCUAUGACUUCAAGGGCAAGAUCCUGCACUCCGAGAAGCACUCCAUGGUUCACCGGUUUGCUUGGCGCCCGCGCCCGGCCAGCCUGCUGAACGAGGAGCAGCGCGCCGGUGUCAUGAAGAACAUGCGCAAGUUCGCCCAGGAGUUCCGCCGCCAGGACGAGGCCCGCGGCUCGCGCGCCAAGACCGAGCUCCUCACCCGCCGCUACAACAGCCUGGUCGAGUGGAACCGCUUCCGCGAGGCGGCCAUCGCCCGCAGCGAGGAGGACCACGACCGCCGUGUUGCCCUGCUCGGCUUCGACCCGAGCCAGGUCCAGGAGGCCCCGGUCACCGUCCAGAUGGAGUUCAUCAUCGAGGAGCGCACCACCGUUCUGCCGAAGAACUAAGAGGACUCCGUUUGCGUGCGCAUAUACUACAUAUCCAU